UUGAUGCUCUGUACCGCAGCACGUAUCCAGAGUACCUGCAGUACAUCUAUCUCGUGGCUCCGGUCUCCCUCAUGCUCCUCAAUCCCAUCGGCUUCGCUCUGUGUGAGGUGCAGAGGUGGAGGCAGGCCAGCCACUCACACAGCACUCUAGGCAUCCUGGGAGUUGUAGUGCUACAGGUGCUGAAGAAUCCAAUCGUGUUCAUGGUGAUCGUAGGCAUCGUCUCCCACUUCGCGCUGGGCCAGCGGAUCCCUGCUGUGCUCUCAGAGUUCAUAGACGGCUUGGCCAACUCGUUUGGAGGGGCGGCCUUGUUUUACCUCGGCCUCACCAUG